AUGCUCUGGACCAUAAAGAGGAGGGCCCUCAUUUUCACCUUCCUUUCAUACGCCUCCUUUGUGUAUUCAGACAAAGCAGUUAACAUAGGAAAAGGGUUGCUGGGGGCGGUGAGCGCGGGGUUAAGCGAACGCUUGGCUAACAGCGUCACCAAUGCUGUACACCAUGCACCCGGGGGAGGGGGACACAAUAUGCAAACGUGCCAAUCGGCCGGAUGCGCGUCAUAUAAAAACAUCACGCAUAACGAUACAGGAGAUUGUUUAAACGGGUUCAUAUGUAAACAAUGUAAAAAAACCCACGCGAAGAACCCAAACAUUUGCUUCUAUUCAUCCCUCCAAGGGUAUGAAAAUCUGUACGAAGCACAUUUAGAAGAUUUUACACAAAACACACCAUAUGACAAUUUUAAAGUGCCAGUGAUUAAGUCAAACAAAAACCAGAGCAAUAAAAAGGACGCCUCAAGUAACAGUGGUAAGGACGACAACCCUGGUGACCAAUCGGGCAGUCACACCAGGGGUACUCGAUUACAGGAGGAAGACGAUGAUGAAGAAGAAGGAAAACUUCAACAUGGUCAUAAAGGUCGCAAUCCAGGAGGAAGUCGAUAUAACCAGGAUUCAGAAGAGCAGGGAGACGAAGAACAGGAAGAGGAGGGGGAGGAGGAAGGUGAAGAGGAAGGGGACACAGAGGACGACUCUGAUGCGAAAGAAAAACGUGGUGCAAAUAAAGGAGACAACUCCUCUCAGGGGAAAAACAAAGGAGGAGACAAUUCUGAGGCAAAUUCUGAAACGGAGUCAUUUCUGCAAAAACAUUCUGACCGCGCUCAUAGCAAAAUUGACUUACAAGAGUUGGUGAAAAAAGGAGAGACGCCACUGCACAGUGGGUCGAGGUGUGGUGAAUCGGGGCAUGCAACAGCGAACACCCACAUGUACCUUCACAUCAACGAGGACGAAUACAAUAAUUCAAUUUUCGAAUCUCCCAUCACCGCUAUCUCCUCGCAAAACGCCGACUCCAACAGCUACUCCUUCGCCCAGUCCAAGCAGCACAAGCAAAAGAUAGUAUACAAACGACUCAAAAUAAAUAUUAACAAACAUGAGGAAUAUUUUAAAAGCAAACUCGACAAAUGUCACGUGGGGCAAGAUGACAUGGCUACUUUUUAUGUGAAAGUGCUGCUGCAGAUUGUGAAGGACAAACACGAUGUCUACUUUGACGUGAGUAGGAAGAAUGCUUCGUCGCAUGUGGACCCAGGGGCCCAUGGACACAAGGGCAAUGAGGGGAACAAGAGCAACAACAGAGGGGAUUCGUGGGACGACAAGAAGGGGGAGGAUUCGGAGGACAAUGAUGAGGAUGAGUACAUGCGCAUGCCCAACGGUGGCAGGGGAGCGGCAGGGUACAAUUAUAUUUCAGAUGAAGAAACCGACACUGAAAGUGAUGGAGAGGGAUCCAAGGGGGGGUACUCCUAUGUGCAGUUGCAUGGUGCACGAGGAACCGGUGCAGAUGUAUACGUCACAAACACGGUAAACACUUCUCACAACACAAACGAACCGCACUCCUUCUACCAAGUGAAAGACGACCUGGACGAAGACUCCAUGGGCGACUACUACAAGUCCAGCAACGGGUUCUUCAAAUCAAUUUUCAACAGAGUCUUUAAAAGAAAAAGAGAUUCAGAGGAAGAUGGAGACGGGGGGGCCGACGACGACAGUUAUGAACAGCCCCAGAGGAAAAAGAAAAGGAGGUGGAGGUUCCCAUGGAACAGACGCAGCGGGAAAAAUAAACAACUACAAGGUGGCGACGAUGAAAACGAUGAUGAGUAUGGCCGUGAAAACGUGUCACGCAGCAGUCGGCGUCCUAGUGGAAAAAGAAGGAGACUGUUCGGCCGCUCCAGUCGAGAGAAGGAAGAAGAAGAGGAUGACAACAAUUAUAAUAAUGAAGAUGACGAUAAUGAAGAAUCAAGUGGGACCUAUGGUCAUACCAGGGAUGGAAAGAAAAAAAGCAAAGGAAAAAAAAAGGGACAAGGAACCAAGGGAGGAAUAUUACUUGCGACUAAAUCAAAAUUAGGCAAUCUCUUUACUAAAGCCAAAAAUAAAAUCAUCCCAGUGAAACAAAAGUUACACAUAGAAGCGUUUUUUAAUAGCAUCAUUGUGAAGUCAUGUAGAAAUGCAAUCAAGUGGGAGGGAAACAUGUUUAAGGACAAAUCGCUCGUCGAGAUGACUCUCAAGGUCCCUGUUAAAAUGAAAUACAUAAAAAAAGAACCGCUACACUUUUUCAGAUCUGGUUACGAAGUUAUUUUAACGUGUCGUAACUGCGAUGAGGUUCUAUUCAAUUCGUGUGUGCAGGUGUACUGCAUCAAAGAAGCGAGCAAACAGGAACACCCGGUGCAGAAUCACAGCGGGCACACGGCAGGAGGUGCAUUGGGGAACGCUGCCGCUUCUGCUGCCGCUUCUGUUGCUGCCGCGGGAGCAAUCGCAGCUGGUACCGCCUCCCAAUCGCCAUACCUUUAUUCAGCCAACCCUUCCGACUUCGCCCCACUAUUAAUGUUUGAUUACAACGGUCAGCACUUCCCAGGCAAUGUAAACUCCGGCGAAGAUAUUUAUAACAGUGAAGGCCACAUCUACGUUAGCUACUCGGUUAUACUCGUCACACUCAUGGUUGUCCUACUUGUGUAG